AUGGCAGCAAUGGAGACAUCAUCGAACCAGCAGAUAGGAAACUCGGAGUGGCUCAUUCACGUCCCAGACUUCCCGGAGGCCAAAGACCGAAGGGCUGCGGUGUUCCCACAACACAUUGAGCGGAUGAAAACAGAUCCCCAAGGCUUUUGGGUGUUUGGAGGAGCCACUUUGGCGGAGCCCGUGGGCCCCGGGCAAACCCCGCACAUCACGGGCAGUGCCAUGCUUGUCUUUGCGCCCACACGGGAAAGGAUUUUAGCGCGACUCAUGGAUGAUCCGUUGGUCAAGGAGAAGAUCUGGGAUAUUGAGAAGGCUCAGAUUCAUCCAUUCUUGCGUCCGAAAAGAACUCCCCUCUGA